GUACCACCAUUGCAGCGUUAGCUUCACGUCGCGGUUAUAUUCUCCGCUUCUCCAUCCGCGCCGCCUCUCUGACAGACAUCCUGCCCAUCAGUCAGGAAUGAACAGAUUUUGGAGAAACCUCCGUUGACGCCCCUUUUACACCUCCAACCGUAAACAGAUGGAGGUCAGUCCCGUUUAUAUGCAGAGUGAUGACAGUGAACAGGACAGGCCCGCUUAUCCCCGGGUUUUCCCAACAGGCGAAGCCCGGAAGAGCGACCACCUUAAGGCGGGACUCUGCGUGGACUUCCCGGUGUCGGUGGUUCUUCCGGCCGGCGGGACCGGAGAGAGAACCGGACUGCAGACACCAAAACAGUUCUGUCCGUUUCUGGGUAGACCGCUCAUAAGCUACACUGUAGAGUCCUUUGAGAGGGUGUCAUGGAUCCAAACCAUUGUGGUGGUUGUUGCUAAGGAAAACACUGGCUUGAUGAUGGACAUCAUCCAACGGUUCCAGCACAAGAAGGUCCUAGUGGUACCCGGCGGCUCAACUCGUCACCGGUCCAUCUGCAAUGGAGUCGCGGCUCUGGGGGAGCAGCGGAGGCCGGCGGCCCACAAACCCAAGGUGGUCAUCAUACAUGACGCUGUCCGCCCGUUUGUGGACGAGGACUUCCUGCACAAGAUAGCGACGGCUGCAAAGGAGCAAGGAGCAGCUGGAGCGAUCAGACCACUUGUUUCCACUGUGAUCGCCACAACGUCGGAGGGAUACCUGGAUCAUUCGUUAGAGCGAGCCAAGUACAGGGCUAGCGAAAUGCCUCAGGGCUUCACAUACGAUGUCAUCUGUGAGGCCUACCAGAAGUGCACCGAGUCAGACUUCGAGUUCGGUACCGAGUGUCUCCAUCUUGCUCUGCAGUACUGCGGCACCAACGCCAAACUCAUCGAUGGUCCGCCAACCUUGUGGAAGGUGACCUAUAAACGGGAUUUAGCUGCUGCAGAGUCCAUCAUCAAAGAGACUUUGUCGCAGUCAGCUUGCCUUAUAACCGGGGGAUUGGAAGCUGCUGUGGCUCUGGCCAAUGUUCUCCAAAAAGCUUUUGGAGCUCUGGAUAUGGAGCUGAACGUCACGCCAGAUCUGAUGGGCGACAACGGCAGGUAUCUGCUGGAAGACUGGAACUUCAUUAAGGUUUCUGUCGAUCCAUUUUGCCCUUCAGAAGUGGAGGCCUUAAUUGUGGCGUUAGAGGCAGAAAACCGAGCUCUUCUCAACCCGGCAGUGAUCAUCUGGGUGAGUUAACAGCCGGGACUCUGCAGCCAUGUCGACGGCUUUGAUAUGUGUGUUUUAAAACCGAUUUGUUAAGACAUUUCCUGAACCUUUAUCCUC